AUGUUGGAGAUGCUUGAAUACAGCCACUAUCAGGUAGGAAUGAUUGUUUUUCUUGUCUUUGAUAAAAACAUCUGAGCUGAAAUGGGGUCUACGGUUAACAUUUCUUUAACUUGCUGUUGGAUUUGUUUUAACUGUUCUUGGGCAUAAAAACGGUCAGAAUUAACUUCUCAGUUUGUUAUCCAUGCUUUAUAUCAAACUUGUUGAUGUUACUGGAGCCAAAUGCUAAUGUAUGAAUCUAUGAAAAUGUGGAUACAUUUCUUUGCUCUUCAGGUGUUUAGGUGUUGCACAACUUUGUAAGUCAAUGAUGAAGAAGCACAGCGUCUUAGGGUCAUUUUUAGAGAAGGGUUUCAGUCUUCAGUAACAUACUGUAUAAUGGACCUGCAGAGGUGUUAACUAUUGUGGCAAAAAGUUCUGCGUAUUGUGAGAAAAGUAUCACCCUGCCAAUUUAGUGUCUGAGUUUUAAUGGAAUUAUUUAAAAGUUUGAGUGAACUAUAUACUAAUGUAUUUGUAAUUUAAAGUGCAACUAACUUUGCAUGCACACAAUAGAAUGGUUUAAGAGCACGGCUAAGAUUAAAGACUCUAAGUACAAAGAUAAACUGAUAAUCUUCAAAUGCUAAAACAUUGUAAAAACUAACUUGAACAUAGCAAGAUAAGUUAAUGUCUCCUAUUGCUGUUAUUAUGAUUAUUAUUGUUAAUUUUCGUCUCAGAAAAUUCUCUUUUUUUUUUUUUUAUUCAGAAACGUGAAAUAUAGAAGUGAUUCAAAGGUUUACUUUAGGAAUUGAGUGUUGUCAACACAAACAAACCAUACUUUUAUAAUAAAAUCCAGCUACUUUAGAAGGCCAUUGCAUGUAAGUGGCUGCAAACGAAUCUGCCAUCAAGGAAUGACUGGAUCACCACUGUUAAUGAAAUUCAAAGCAUGGUAAAACUGACUUUUUCCCUAAGACCACAGGCUGAUCAGUAUACUAGGUUCUGGGAAAGAUGGACUUCAUAUUCUUUGAUGUGUGUGCCUGUGUGAAUGAUCACUCCAAUUUGCACCAACUUAUGACCCAUGUGACCCAGAUCAACCUGUCCGUUCACUUGUACUCUCUGUUUAUUUUUUGUUUGUUUAUAUGCUUGUUAAAAAAAAAAAAAAGUAAAAAAAAAAAAACAGCAGCUACUUUUUUUACACCUUUCAAAUACCAUAACAAAGUUAGUUGAGUUUUGUGACGUAUUUUAAUUUACAAAAUCCACAAGCUUGACUCAGACAAAAGAUCAAUCCUUAAUAUUUACAUCCUCAUCAUAUAGGUGCAGUCCCACCUUGAGAAUCCCACAAAGUACCACAUCCAGCAGGCUCAGAGGCAGCAGGUGAGACACUAUCUGUCCACUACCCUGGGUGGAAAAACUGGCAGUCAGUGCCCCAGUCAGCCCUCUGAGCACGGCAUGCCACCUGGGCCUGGCAGCAGCGCCCCUAACAGUCCCAUGGCCCUGCUUACUCUCAGCUCUAACUGUGAGAAAGAGGUGUGCCUGCUCAUUAAUGCUUGACACUUUUCCUUGAAUUGAAUUCAGAAACCCAGAGGAGAUGCAAUGUCUAAUUUUUAAUUUUUGUUUUUUUUUGUUCUGCUCGUAUGAAGAUGGAUGAUGUUAUUGACGAUAUUAUAAGCCUGGAGUCGAGCUACAAUGAAGAUGUACUUGGACUUAUGGACCCAGGACUCCAAAUGAACAACCCGGUAAUUUUUACCAGCAAUAGUUAUUUCUUAUAUAUAAAUAGAUAUCUUAUAUCUCUAUAUAUCUAUUAUAGCUCGAGAGUUGUUUUACUCAUCUUAUUAAGCAUGACUUUUACAGCUUCCUGUGUCUGGUCAUCUUCUGGAUGUGUAUAACAACCAAGGACUCGCACUGCCAGGCCUCCCUGGCAUUAACAACUCCUGUCCACCCAACAUAAAGAGAGAAUACACAGGUAAACUUCCAAAAACGUUCUCUCUGUUACCUGCUGAUUCACUGUUUAAGUUACAUUUGUAUCUGGUUUACAAGGGAGUCAUGGAGAAUCUGAAUAAGGAAAAUGGAGAGUGUGAUUUCAAUUUAAUGUCAAAUUUGUUCACUCAUCUGUGACUUUUUUUGGGUCAUUAUUACCAGUACUCAUGAAGGAUAUAAUUAGCCCAAUUAAAAUUAAACUGAAAAAGCAUGACUUAUGGCCAGUGUUAAUAUUGUGUGCAAUUUGGGAAUGCACAAGAUACUAUUAAGCCAAUUAUUUGCCAAAUAAUUACUCCAGCUCCUGGCAUGAAGCAAGUACUGGACAAGACUGGAUCCUGUGGCCAGUAUGAAAACUUUCACAGGCCAGAGGGCAUUCCAGUAGGUAAGCAAAGAAAAACAAUCCUGUUUUGCAAACUACAAAGUUAUCUAUGACUGCUAGCACCGGAAAUUGUGUAUGACGCAUUUUGUGUAUUACUAAAUUUGCACACAAUGAAUCAUCUGUUCCAACAGAAGUUGAGAUUGGUAUGUUUAAGGUUACUCUUUCAAUCUACAUAACAUUAAUUUUCUUCUUAUUUGCUGUGAAACUUGAACAUUUCACGGCAAAUAAAUAGAUUUACCAUGUGCUAUGACAAACAGUGAGUCACUUUAUUUACAACUUUUAUUUGAAGAGACAUUGGCAUGUUUUUUUUUUCUCCACAGAGGCUGAAGUACGUGCCCUUGCUAAAGAGAGACAGAAGAAAGAUAACCACAACUUAAGUGAGUGAGAAGUAUUUUUAUAAGUUUCCCUUAGGGUUUUUGUCCAGUACAUGCAGUUCAUUAGAAAAUGUCACUUUACAGCCUGAGACUAAUGAGGUUUUGUAUGAAACACCACAGUCACCAUGAUUUCUGGAGUAAAUUUAUCGAAACGUUUGAUCUCAUUAUUAUCUCUGGUUGAUUGUUUAUUUUCAUUAUUAGAAAUAAUGAAUGUGAAUCUGUAUUUUACUUAAUUGAAAGAAAAACUGUGUGUAUCUUUGCAUUAACAAGUUAAAUACUGUACCAUUCUUAUCAUAAAUCCUUUUUUUAAACAAAAUUUCAGUUGAACGAAGACGGAGGUUCAACAUCAACGACCGCAUCAAAGAGCUUGGCACUCUGAUACCCAAGUCGAAUGACCCGUGAGUUUGUCUUAUAUUAGUUACACCCUAAAAAAGUUCCUUUUUCGCAUUAAUUUCAUUCAUCUGGCCUCUUUCUCAUUCUUAUCCCUUCUUGUGUCCUUAAAAUGUAAUGGUUUAUUUGUUUAGUGGGGCCAUUAAGAUUGUGCUUUUCUGGUCAGCUGACUCUGACUGUACCCUUUGUCUACUGAAUACCCCAGAGACAUGCGCUGGAAUAAGGGCACCAUUCUGAAAGCCUCAGUGGACUAUAUCAGGAGGCUUCAGCGGGAGCAGCAGAGAACUAAGGAGCUUGAAUGCCGACAGAGGAAGCUAGAGCACGCAAACCGUCAUCUCAUUCUUCGUAUACAGGUAGGUCAUUGUCUUUGGCAGUCAGUGGUUUUACAGUCAGAUAUCCUGGCUACUAAAAAGAAUUUUGUCAAGCCGGCUGCUCCUAUAGGGCUUUAUCAGUGCAACACAAGAUGUCUCAGACAUCCUGAUGUUUGAAUGAUCUUUCUUCUCGUCAUAUCCUGAUGCAAGGGUUUAUGAAUUACACUAGGGCUGGGCGUUAAAACGAUAAUGAUAUAUAUUGAAAACUCGCAAAGUCGGGGACUACCUCAAAUCUUUUUCACCACCUGAAGCAGUGCCACGCGGCAGAACACGCGCAAUGCAAAAGGUUACAAAGCCGAGCAGACCAAGGAGCCCAUGACGCCUGUGUAGCCGAAACAGCCGACCAUUCAGUCCGCUUUCUCUAGCACAACACCUUACAACAAAACAUCAAAGAGACACAAGGACCUCACAGAUGCAGUAGCUUAUUGUAUUGCAAAAGACAUGCUACCAAUAAUCACGCUUUAAUUUCAUUUUUUUAUAUCGUGAUAUAUAUCGAUAACAACUGAUAUGAAAAAAAAAAAAAUCGUGACAAAUUUUCCCAAAUUGCCUAGCCGUAAAUUACACACACUUUGUUUACAGAGGAGGAUCAGAGCCACUAGAGAAACGUUUUAGAGCUCUGAUCUAUUUUUCAGUAUUUUUGACUUUUUUUUGCAGAAUUCUGGUUUUCGAGUCAAACUUCUGACUUUUGUUUUCUGACUUCUCAUUAAAAAGUGGAUUUGAGUAUUCUAGUUUCAAUAAUUUUUUUCAAGCAUUGUGUUUUCAUGUUUGGAAACUUAAACAUUAUGGGCUCUAUUUUCGUGCGCGCCGGUGAGGCGGCGGAGGGCGGCGAGCCCCGUGCAGGUGUAUUUUCGUCUGGCGGAGCCCAGCGUAAGGCCAGUUUGGUAUUUUCGUGGCAUGAGCCGCACGGAGGCGAGCCGAGAUCCGCCAAGCUGGGCGUGGUGGCGUGGUGGCGUGGCGGCGUGGCAGGGGGAGGUUUCGACAGAAUCAGCUGGCGCAGUGACAUUUUCGUGCUCGCCAACGGCGUGUAAAGUGCGCUGAAAGCUCGCCGAUUCAAACCUGGUCAGCUUUCAGCGCAAGGCGGAACGCAGCUGGUCUUGUAGUAUUUUGGUAGACCGGCGGCGUAUCGACAUACGUCACUGAUGCCUCACCGGCAGGUUUCCACAGUGUCAGGCACAUUUCAGUGCAAUAAAUAAUCAUCAUCAACUAUUAAUCAGAGUCAGCACAUACAUUUAGAUCUAUAUCGAUAUAUUCUGAUCUAUAUCUGAUCUGAUGAGCGCGUUUGGCACGCGUUUGGACACACAACCUGACCGAAUCAACACAGCUGAAACUGCAUCAAAUUAAAUUAAAUAUCUAGUAAAUAUACACACAUGAUGAAGUUAACAAGAUAUGUAAUGUGUCUCCCUCCUUUUCUUUCUUCCUCUUCCUCUUAUUUCUCGCACAGCUCGACCUGGACACAUCUCCGUGUCCUCUGUCCGUCUUGCUGCUGCUGCAGCUGAACAGAUGAUUUGUUUCAGUGCUCAGAUGCGUUAUCUACUUUAAGCCGACAUACGGAUAUUAUAAUAUUCAGUUUUGUGAGCCAAAUUUAUUUAUAUGCCAACAUCUAUGAAAGAAAGAGCCAGGCCACGGAGCGCGAUGCGUCAUUUACGCACAGAUGGUUCCGAUUUUAAUGCCAUUUUUGGAGUUUAUGUUGUGAUCUGUGCGCUCAACCCACCUUUGUCACGUGAGGUUUGAACAUGAGCAACUUUAUGUGAGUGUCUUUAUUUGUGGAAACGGGUGUUUGUCUUACCAGUGGGUCCAACAUUACGCACACUAAAUCCAUCUGUGCUCAUAUGAGAGAGUGUGGAGGACAGUUGUUGAGGAGCUGCCCUCUGUCGCCAUCUUGUGGCAUUACUGUCUUAAGACAUCUCUUGAUCUCUUUGACUACUCCAUGAAAAUAGUAAUACGCCUCGCCUGUGGCGGAUUUAAAGGCAAGGAGAGGAGCCUAUGUGAUUGGUGAAAACAGGUCUCGGCUGUGUUAAACCAACUACACGCCCCGUCUACGACUUAUGGUGCUGGGAGGAGCUGAGUUAGGGAGGGGGGAUACUUACGCUGGGCUGCGCGGCUCACCAAAAUACCAAAAUGUGCUUGGGAACGCCUUGUCAGCGCGGCGGAUCUGACUGACGCUGCGCUUGCGGCACGUCUCCGGCGAGGCACCAAAAUAGAGCCCUAUAUCCUAAUAUCCUAAAACCAAGAUAAGUCCUCAAAGGGGAAUUUUGGUAACACAUGGGCCUGUUUGUCUGUGUGUGCUUGACUGAUGGGGAGAAAAAUUCCUGAAAUUGGUCCAGUACAGUCAAGCACAAACAUGUGGAAAAAUUCCCCUUUAGGACAAUUCUGCUCACAGAUUACUGAAAAAACAGAUAAGGUAUACAAAAAUUAGAUAUACUUUGUGACCCCUUCUUCCUCUUCUGUUGUAUUGAGACGUAGAACGAGAAGACACAAGAAGCAAAUACAUAGUGUUGCUAUAUAGUGGGCUGAUAGAAUUUUUUUUGUUUUCUUUCUUUGUGUUCACAUUUAGGAGUUAGAAAUGCAGGCCCGAGCUCACGGACUCACAGUAGUGUCAUCAUCUUCUAUCUGCACAUCAGAUUUGAUGGCCAGAGCCAUAAAACAGGAGCCUCUCCACAGCGACUGCCCCUCAGAUCUCUACCAGCAUAACACAGCCCCUGACAUGUCUCCACCUACAACGCUGGACCUAAACAACGGAACAAUCACAUUCGACCAGAUUCCUGCAGACGCUGGGGAACCCGGCUCUUAUGGAAAUUCCAGGACCUGUAAAAUGAAGGAAUUGGUACGGGAAAACACCCUGUCUCCAAUUUCUCCAAGUGAUCCACUGCUGUCAGCGAUGUCCCCGAGUGGAAAUAACAGCAGUCAGCACAGUUCUGGCUCUGGUAUGGAGGAGAGGGAGCAAGGCUGUUAA